AUGGAUAUCCCCGGUUUUUUGUAUGCUGGUUUAGUAGCGGCUGGUGGAGUGUUUGGUUAUUAUAAAGCAGGUUCUGUACCUUCUUUAGCAGCAGGUGUACUUUUUGGUGGUGCAUUAGCCUAUGGAGCCGUAGAAACAAGCCGUGAUCCUUCCAAUUACACACUUCAAUUAGCAACUAGUUCAAUUCUGGCUGGUGUUAUGGGAUAUAGAUUCUACAAUUCUGGAAAAAUUAUGCCUGCAGGUGUUGUAUGUUUAAUGUCUAUAGCAAUGAUCAUGAGGAUUGCCGGAAGAGCUACUGGAAUUACAGGCCCUAGACAUACGUAA